AUGAAUCGCCUAUUAGAAACUGAACCCGUAAAAUCCUCUUUCAAUCUCAAGGGAUUACGAAAACUGCAUGACAAGAGUGAAAUAAGUAUAAGAAAAUUAAACUCAAUGGGAAUUACAUCCGGAAAUUAUGGUCAUUUACUUGUACCUAUUUUAUUAAAGCAAUUAUCCCAAGAUUUAGUCUUAAACUCUAAUACGCACACUGCAUUAAAAUGCAAAAAUUUCUCGGAUAAGCAGAAACGUUACAAAUUAAAGAAAUAUGGUAGAUGUUAUCGGUGCAUGGCUUAUAGACAUCUAAUUUCACAAUGCAAGGUAAAAAUUCCACCCUGUGAGACGUGCCAGAGUUUUCAGCACAAUUCCUUGUUUUGCCCGAAAAAUAAAAUUGAAAGCAGCUCUUCUGAAACCGAAACCGAAGUCGUAAUUUCUUCCGCUUUAAAAGCAGAAGAUAACCCUGGCAGUUACGCGACUUUACUUCAAACGGCUAACGUCCAGGCAGAAAAUGGUGCCAACAAGAUCAUGGCUAAACUUUUAUUCGAUUCAGGAUCACAAAAGUCCUUCUUGCGCAGUGAUCUGAAACAAGCUUUGAAUUUAAAACCAAUACGCCAAGAGAAGCUUUUAAUUUAUACCUUCUCGAAACGAGAACCCAUCGAGAAAAUAUUCGAAGUUGUACGUUUAAGAAUAAGGAGCAAAUUUCCCCCUUAUCAAUUCCCAAACAUUGAGGCUUUGGCUUCAGACGAAAUAACUGGCGCGGACAUAUAUUCGAAUGUUGACCCCAGACAUGUCAAAAGAGUAAUUCCAGCCACCUGUAUCCUCUCUGACUCCCUCGAAAAUUCCACCCCUAUCCAGAUCCUGCUGGGCGCUGACUAUCUGUGCAAUGUUCUAAGGGGAGAAUUACACGUAUUUUCUGAUGCUUCCUUAAGAUCUUUUGAAGCUGUUGCUUACUUAAGGUAUAAAACUUCCAAGAACUCUUUUCAGACACGUUUUGUAAUUUCAAAAACUAGGGUAGCACCAAUUAAAAAAUUGACUCUUCCUCGACUUGAAUUAAUGGGUGCUAUAAUUGUUUCAAGAAUAGCAAAACAUCUUAAGGAAAUUUUCAAAGAUCUUGAAAGAAUUAUUUUGUGGAGUGACUCGACGAUUGUACUCCACUGGAUAAAGUGUUCAGCAUCUAAAUAUAAACAAUUUGUUUCAAAUCGAGUCAUAGAAAUUCCAGAAAUUACAAACCCCAGUAAUUGGAGGCAUUGUAGUGGUAAGCAAAACCCAGUGGACAUGUUAACUAGAGGGAUUAGUAGCAAGGAUUUAAUCACCUCUGAAAGCUGGUGGCAUGGUCCUGAAUGGUUGAGGAACGCUGAAAACCUUUGGCCCAAAGCAAAGGGAUUUCAACAUGAUUCUAUAGAGCCAGAAAUUGCAUCUGAAUUUAAAUCCGGCGUUAUAAUUAACACAGCUAUUGUUCAAGAAAAAAUAAUAGAUCCAGAAAAAUUUAGCUGCUUGCUUAAAUUGCUAAGAGUGACUUCUUGGAUAUUACGUUUUGUAAAUACUCUUGAAAGGAAAAAUGUUGAAAAGGGUCCUCUUACUUCAGAAGAACUUUCCGACGUAGAAAUGUUUUGGAGUCUUUCAUUCUGGUGUAUCCAUACGUUGGUGCAAAUAAGAGAGAAGUUCUGGAUUUUAGAGGCCAGACAAACCAUCAAAUCUUUUCUUGGAAGAUGCACAAUAUGUAAACGAUUCAACUCUUCUCCCGGAAAUCAAGUGAUCGCGCCACUUCCAGACAUUCGUGUAGAACAGUCAACUCCAUUUACGAUCAUCGGAGUUGAUUUUGCUGGCCCUCUUUUCGUUAAAGAUAGUAUUAACAAGCAAUAUAUCUUGUUGAUAACCUGUGCAGUGACAAGAAGUGUUCAUCUAGAACUGGUCGGUGAUUUGACUACCGAUACAUUUCUUUUAGCUUUCCGACGCUUCAGUUUUCGACGUGGCUUGUGCUCUGUGGUGGUCUCUGAUAAUGCACGUACCUUUAAACGUGCAGAAUUAGAGAUAAAACUCAUUUGA